UACUGUAUUAGGAAACUUGGAGGUGAGUUCAGGAAAACCUAAACUGCAUGGGUUAGAGGUGUUAGGAGACGGUACUCUUUUAGCUGGGUUUGCUACAUGUGUUGCGGAGCACUGUAACAUUCCUGUUCCCGAAAUAGUUUCUCCCUUUUAUGUCUGUGUGUCUCAGACAUACCUUUGCAGUCUAGACCCCGUUCUGAGAUCCCCUUCCCUCCUUCUUGUGUAGGAGGGCCCCAUUCUUCUCCCACACUAGUAAUUCUUCUCCUUCCUUGCAGUUGUUUUUCCUGCAGCGCUGUCAGUGUCACCACAGAGCUGAAGGAUAUUGUCGUGGAGUGUCUGAACACUUGCUCCUGCCUGCCUUGCUGAUCUGCAGAGAGCAGCAGAUUGUGCAGACAGCACUAGUUCUUUAAGCUAAUCCGGAUGGUCUGUGUAAUCCCAAAGUUUUUUUGGCUCGCUACCUAACACAGUUGGGUUCAACAUUGGUGAUGCUAAGAGUGAUGCUAGCGGAAGAAAUGUCAUCAACUCGUUUCUAAGGUCCUGGCUUGACUCCAGCACAUAUUUCACUGCCUGUGGUUUUGUAGCUUAGUCAUGGACUAUUAAAAAAUAAAUAUCUCAGCCCUUUCCAAAGAUGAAAAGGCCUUAGGCCUUAAUGGCCUGAAAUUGGCCUGCAAGUGCUUAAUAUAUUAUAAAUUCAGGAUUGAUUUGGAUGUGUAAAGCUCACUUUACAUAGGUGUAGAUGUUGGCUGUGAUUAAUUUAAUAAAAAUGCUAAGCCAAGUCCUUUUGAUUUUGAGAAAAAAGGGUGUGGCUGAAGUGGAGAUUUUACAUGACUGGAAUACACUUUUUUUUUGAUGUGUAGAAGAGGCUUUAAGCCUGAUACGUCUUACUCGCCUUUUCUGCCAAAUGCCUUUCAAAAAAGAGUGUUUCUUUAUGAAAAUUCAGAUGUUGUCCUACUCUUUCUUCUGAAUCUCUCUCCUCAGCACUUUUAAAAGUGGAAGGAAAGCUUCCCGGCUUUGAGAUGAGAGUAGAUUUGCUUUAUAAGUCUUCAAUGUCUGCUUGUAUUUGACACCUGUGAAAGAAUUCCUGUAAUAAACUAACUCCUUGGGUUUAAGUACAUCCCAUGACAACAUGGGAUCUUGACCUGUAGAUGGCCUUUGAUUAUCAUCUUUUAGUUUUGUAAGAUUUAGCUAUUACUUUUUUUAAGCACAAUUUUCUGAAGACCAAGAGAAUGAAGAAAUGAACAUAAAUCACCUCCUUAUAAUUAAGAUCUUGCACUUUAAAUGUAUACAUUCUUGUAUUAAUUUUAUAUCAGUAUAAUUGGUAAAUGACUGUUUUCCAUUGUGUAUUCUGUCCUUUAUAAUUUUAAGCUGAAUAAUACACAGCUGGACUUUUGCACUAGAUAUAUUUCUGUACAGUUUUAUGUAAAUAUUUGCAUUGCUCUUGUACUUAAACUUCCGCAUAAGCACUGGGGACCUGGAUCUGAGUGCAUUAUCUUCAGGAAAUGGCCUCUUCUAAGUCCUUGAUGAAUGUUCUAACCUUCAGUUUUGGAUCUGCAAUAGGAUUUUUCCUAUGCUAUCUUCUGUUUAGCAUGAUACUGGAAGAAAAGGUUGAAAUCCAACCUCAUAUUCUUCACAAUGAUCCACACGGCCAACACUCAGCAGAUACGGAUAAUGAUCAGUUGCAAGGACAAAUGAAUUUCAAUGCAGACUCUGGACAGCACAAAGAUGAGAAUAAAAAUGUUGCAGAUGGACUGUAUCAGAAGGUGAAAAUACUUUGUUGGGUCAUGACUGGACCUCAAAAUCUAGAAAAGAAAGCCAGGCAUGUUAAGGCCACUUGGGCCCAACGUUGUAAUAAAAUACUUUUUAUGAGCUCUGAGGAAAACAAAGACUUCCCAGCUGUGGGCCUAGAAACCAAAGAAGGCAGGGACCAACUGUACUGGAAGACUAUUAAAGCUUUUCAAUACGUGUAUGAUCAUUAUUUUGAUGCUGCUGAUUGGUUCAUGAAAGCAGAUGAUGAUACAUAUGUUAUACUGGACAAUUUGAGAUGGCUUCUUUCAAAAUACAGUCCUGAGCAACCGAUAUACUUUGGAAGAAGGUUUAAGCCUUAUGUGAAACAGGGCUACAUGAGUGGAGGAGCAGGGUAUGUUCUAAGCAAAGAAGCUCUGAAGAGAUUUGUUACUGCAUUUAAAACGAAUAAAUGCUCUCACAGUUCCUCUAUUGAAGACCUAGCACUAGGAAAGUGCAUGGAGAUCAUUAAUGUACAAGCAGGAGAUUCUAGGGAUACAAAUGGCAGGGAAACCUUUCAUCCCUUCGUUCCAGAACAUCUCCUAAUCAGAGGAUACCUACCAAAAACAUUCUGGUACUGGAAUUACAAUUAUUACCCUGCUGUAGAGGGUCCCGGAUGCUGCUCCGACCUAGCCGUUUCAUUCCACUAUGUUGACUCCAUGACUAUGUAUCAUUUGGAAUAUUUGAUUUAUCAUCUCCGUCCAUAUGGGUAUUUGUAUCGGUACAAUCCUGAUUCGGCAAAGAAUCUAGAAGAGCAGAACAAAAAUGAAGCACUAGAGGAUAAUCAAAAGCUAAAGCAAACAGUUUCUGAGAAUUAAAUGGACUUUGAAGGAAACUGAAAGCAGCCAGUACAGAGAAAAAGGGUCUUCCCCAUCUCCUGCAUGAAGCUUGUGGACUAGAAUUUUUUGUGGUGAUUCUUAUUUCAAAAAUCAAGUUGGCAGUACUUCCAGCCAGUGUCUGUGCACAACAGAGUCCAGUGUGGGCUCUGACUGUUUGGGAUAGUGUGAUCUUGCAGCCCUACUCAUGAAGAUUUGGGGCCCUAAAGCUGUGAAAUAGGAGGUUGUUCUGGUACAUUAAUCUCUGGAAGAAUUUGUAUUAAAAAUGUAGUGAACAAGUUCAAAGAUAAUCAUACAGUAUUUCUUUUCUUUGUUUGUUUCUUUAUUUCCUUCCAAAUGUUUUGUUAGGUGAGAUCUAAUACUAGAAAUUGGAUAUUGCACAGUCAAAUAUUUCAUGAUGGAAAUAUUUAUCUCGUGUUCUCAAUAUUUAGAAAUUACUUUGUGUAUUUUGCCCUACAAGGAAGGGAGAGGGGUAAAAAUACAGCCUCAAAUCUGCUUUGCCUUAACAACAGACCAGUUGAUAUGAAUAGACAGAGAUACACCUCAGUGACUCACUUCUGAAUUAUUUCAGAAAUGAAAUUCACUGCUCUGAAUUAUUAUUCUUAUUUUUUUUUACUAUAAGUCUCUAUUCUGCAAAACAAUAUGAAGUUGGAUUACUACUAGUACCUAGGAAUAGUUACUAUUCAGAUUGCUGAGGUGAUGUGAGGAGCUUGCAUACUUGGCCAUAGCUUUUUUUGUUGUUAUUUUUUAUUUUUUUAAAUCAAGUUACCACUUGGUAGAACGGAUAACUCAUCUGAGAACUUCAUAUGAUAAGGUAGAUGCCUUUUCUUACAAAAGUCUCUCUUCCUUCACACCUUCGCUAUAAAUCAUAAAGGUUAGUGUCUUAACAAAGCUACAAUGGCAUAUAACAAUUUGGUUUCAGCCUGUGUUAGAAUUACUUCAUCUCUUUGAUUCUUGCAUUACUCUACUUUGUGAAGUUACCUUAUUCAUUAAAGUUUUGCAGAUAGAAGCAACUCCCGUUUUAAAACUGCAGCAAAGCUGAUUUGGCUGCUUGGCUGAAGUACUUAAUUUCACUUUUAUCAUCUUCAUUUCAUCCAUUCUUAACAUUUCCUCUGUAUUUGAUUCUUGUUGUAUUUUUCCAAACGAAGUGUUACAUGAUCCCUGUUUCACUCUUGUGAAGCUGAAGUAUGUAGUUGUUCAGGUGCACCAGCCUGAAUGCAGGAAUCUUUCAAAGUGCAUUAACUCUCUCCAUUACUUUAUGAGUAUCUCUGCCUCUUAACUGCCUCUUAACUGAAAACACUUUCUUGGUGUGGGACAAAAUUGUUUUGUUAACUGAAGAAUUUUGAAAGGCUAAGCCUGUGUUUUACAUACCCAGCAUAGAACUUUCUGGUUUUCUCUUCAUCAAAUUCAGUUGAUAACAAAGUUCAAGGGAUGGGGUUAACCUUGACAUGCCUUUCCUUGUGUCGACAAAUUUUCUUUAUAUUUUUAUCAUUUUUCACCUUCAUCAUAUUGAUGAAUUUGGACAUAACCUGAUUACCUCCAGUCAUUGCUUUGGAGAGGGCACAUACUGGUAGCAGACAGCCUUAUGGACUGCUGCUGUCCUUCAGGGCGUUCCUUGAAGAGGACGUUACCAUAAAGUACUGGAAUUUUUUUUUUCCAAAGAUAGUUCUCGCACACAGAUCGGGGUUCUAUCUGUGGUCCAGCAGUAAAGUUCAUGACUUCCUUUCUGGUCAUUGCUCUGCAGUAUAAUGGCAAUUACUGAAAUACCUUAAGGAAUUGAAAUGCUAUGUGCAACUUCUCUGCCUGAAUACAGGCUUGUUUUAUAUUUAAAGUAUUAGCUAAAUGAAUAGUUCCUGUUGGGUUAAAUCUGUUGAUCCUGAGAAAGAUUCUCUCUGAAAUACUGAAAGAGACAAGAGCUUUAUUUUAAGUUAACUGACUUAAGUAGAAAAUUAUAAAUAUAUUUGUUUAGAAAAAGGAAAAAGUCUCCAGUUAGCUGUAGUCAGAGGGAUGCUUGUCCAGAGGAGAAUGUAUGAUACUUUAUUUUAGAUAGAUGCUUCCUUCUGUGAGCUAAAUGUUUAUCCCAUGUGCAACACAAAACAAUAAUAUUGUGAAAUCCAUAUGCUAUCGAUAAAUCCAGUGGCGUUGUUGAAACCUGCAAUUAAAAGAUUCAAGAAUACAUAAGGAAGUUAUAAAACAAAAUUAAUAUCCCAACUUUAAUCUCUGCCUUUCCUCAGCAGCAGUUGUAAUACUUGUCUCCUACCCAACUGUUUUGUGGGUUUAGCAGGGCAGGGCGGGAAUGUCCCUCCAAGAAACAUGCAGGACGCUGGAGGGAACAGAGAAAUAAAGGAACAAGCAAGCAGCAUGUAUGUGCAAGUUGCAUUUCUUUAGGGAAUGAGGCAAAGAACAUCCUGCCUUGUGCUAAACCAGCACCCUAUCUGGAGAAGUAAGAGUUGCCUUCUCUUCAAAUGUUUGUUCUUGCUUUGUUUCAAAGUGUCCUUGCUCCUGGGCCUCUGAAAUUAUUUCUGUUGCCUUUUUGGCAGCACUGCACAGUAUUUUUUUCCUUUCAAUAUCUGGGCAGGCUGGAAAAAAGUAUUGAUUUUUCAUUCUGUGAUUCUCAUAGAGGGCUCUUUGUUGAAUUGUAUGGUUGUAACCACGAGCGGAUACCUCCCAGAACAAUUGGUUUGCAUCUCACUCUUCAAAAGCUUAGGGAGGGAAGACUGGAAUGUGAGCAGCUUAAUUUUCACAUACAAUAAUACACAACUAUUAGUAGUUUAUUAUUUCACUCUCAGGGCUUCAUGCUUUGACAAAAUAUUUAUUGUGUUUGAGCAUUUCAGCAGCCCAAGGAGGCUACUUUGCAGGUGGGGUCCCUAUUCUGAAGCACAGAAGCAGACUCUUUCAGGCUAUUCAGAUUAUUCCGCUCGCUUUCUCUGAGAUUUCUUCACUUUAUAAAACCUAAAAGUUUCCAUCGCCAUACUAGUGAUUUGAAAUGUCUCAUCUCAAAAUUUUGAAUGAGUUUUCUUUAAAUUACAAAGCAGCAGGGUUUUCUUAAGCAGCUGCUUGCACCUGGAUGGGGGAUGUCAGUUAGCGUAACAGAGCACCUUGCAUUAGGUCGGUUUUAGUUCAGAAGGAACGAGAACACCAAGUGGCUGCCUUCUGAUCAAAGUCCCUAGCUGAAGGACAGAAGUGAUCUUGGCUUGCCAAAAGACCAAUUUUAAUCUUUCACUCCCAGUUCUUUUUUUCAGUCUUUAUAGGUCUUAUGUAAGAGGUUAGACACUGGUGAUGUUAGCACAAUCUCUUGUUCUGUGGAAGCUCUUUGCUAAUGCCUUUUGCCUUUUAGAACACUGCUUUGGUGUGGGUAGAUACUAAAAUCACUUUUUGUUUACAUGUUGCCAUUUGCUCUGUUACAUUUCCAGAAGUGUACCUUUCAGUAAGUAGCUGGUAGACCUCUUAAUGCAGUUUGCUAUCUGAGAAGGGUUUUUAUCUUUGUACAACAGAGAAAAGUGGGUUAUUUCUCUGAUGUACCUCCUAUUGAUGCACACACGGAUGAAAACAGACCCCUCAAUAUGGGUCUGCUUGGGAAGGCUGUUUUGUCCUUUUUCUGUCAAGAAAAAACGUCUGUGGAACUCCAAAGGUUUAAUUUGCUUUGUUUUACCAUACUGUAUUUAAAAUACUCCAGAAAUGUUGUUAAUCCUCUAAAAAAAAAAAAAAAAAGGAUAUUGCUGCUGGACAGUAUGUUCCACUUAAAACCUGUGAAUGUUUCCUUUUGCAGUUCUAGGUAGUUGUGUCCCUAAUGGCAGGUAUAGGUGACGUGUCUGGACUGACCACCAUAAGAUUUGUUUCUUAAAUACCUUCUUUAAAGUGCCUUUGACCAAAUUUUAGCAUCAAAAUUAAGUUGAGAAUUGAAUAAAUAAAAUAAGUUAUCUCAUA